CUUUCUAUACUUUCCAUAGCGACCCCAUAACGAGAAGACAGCAAUAAUGGGUGGGGCAUUCAGCCUUCUCGAAAAGAAACUCCCUCGGUUCGCAUUUCCCGACAGCGACUGGCCCGAGAACUUCCCACCGAUUCCAAACAAUCGUUUCCAAAAAAGUGGUAACCUUGCUGUUUACGAAGUGAAGGAGACGAACGCAGGGUGCAUCAUGAAAGUUGACGUUCCAGGAUGCUCCGAAGCAGGUCUCAGCUGGUGGGUGAAGGACAACAACAUCCUGUUCUUUGCGGACGAAUCCCCCCUGGGGCCAUUCGAGGGAAGAAGAUACGGUGGCACCCUCGUUUUCGAUUCAGACUCUUACAUGGUGAAGCGUGCGCAUGUCUGGUACGAACCAGGCGUUAUGUAUAUCAACGUUCCGAAGAUCCCAGGUAAAGAGUCCCACGAGUAUCACUUCGAGGUCUCCGAGCAGAUGCUGCUUCUCGAAAACAGCACUUCUGCUGCUGCAAAGGAGUUUCACGGGAUCGAGUAAGCUAUUAUCCAGAUGGUUGUUUCUCGUUUGUUUUCCACUGUCUAUUUUUAUCUGUACUAAAAACUUUCGUGUAAUAAAUCCAGAGGAUAAUGUUCCUGUGUUAAAUUUAGUAGUAAUAAAUUAUAAUAAUUUUA